GGACCGUUUCGCCUGGGUUUUGGGGCUGGGCGUUGGGUCAAGUUUUUAUAAAACCCACCCUCCCCCACAGCUGGUUUCCGGUUGGGCUGUGCUGUGGUGGUGGGGCUUAGCUUGGAGACUGGCAGCAGUUUCCCUAAGAUGGCGGACGGAGGCGACGGAGCAAGCGGGAUGGCUGGGAUGAGCGGUGCUGCUCCUCGGAAGCCCCCGGAGUUGGCUGGGUGGCUGGAUGAAAAGGUAGACUUUCGCACUGCCUUUUUUCAACAUUUGGCAAGAGUUGUUCCAAACAUUUAUUUGUCGGAAAUGGAUCCCUUGCCGGAGAAGGAGGAGGCAAUGGCUCAGAUGACUAUACUUUAUCCUUUGGAAUGGCAUUUGUUUGGGGAAGAUCCAAAUGUCUGUCUGGAGAAACUAAGACAGAGUGGCACCGCUCAACUCUGUGGGAAAGUGUUCAAAGCUGGCGAGACAACAUAUUCCUGCAGGGACUGUGCAAUUGAUCCAACUUGUGUACUUUGCAUGGAUUGUUUCCAGAACAGCAUUCACAAGAAUCACCGUUACAAGAUGCACAGUUCCACUGGAGGAGGGUUUUGUGAUUGUGGGGAUACAGAAGCAUGGAAGGCUGGACCACUAUGUACAAAUCACGAGCGUGGAGCAAUAGGCACUACAGAAGAGAACUCUGAAUGCCGGUUGAAUGAAGAGCUAAUAGCACAAGCAAGGAAAAUCUUCCCUUCAGUAAUAAAAUACAUUGUGGAUAUGACUGUUUGGGAAAAAGAAAAAGAAUUGCCUCCAGAGCUCAUGACCAGUAGAGAAAUGAUCGACAAAUACUACUGUGUCCUUUACAAUGAUGAGCAUCAUUCUUAUGAUCAUGUUAUCUAUAGUCUACAAAAAACUCUUGGCUCUGAUGUUGGAGAGGCCCAGUUGUUCUCUACUGCUGUAGAUAAAGAGGGUCGGAAGGCUGUUAAGAUGGGUUCAAAUGUUGCUUGUCAGGAAGCAAAAGAAGAAAUAGAGAAACAUUCAAACAGUGUUUCCCAAGGUCCUCUUAAUGUGAAGGUUCUUCAUGCUGACAUUAUGGCUCAUCAGAAAUUUGCUUUGCAUCUUGGCACUUGGUUGAAUAAACUUAUGAGCUAUUCAAGUGAUUUUCGUCAAAUCUUCUGUCAAAUAUGUCUAAAAGAAGAAAAUUAUUCAGAGAAGACUUGUCCUAUAAGCAAGUUGAUGCUUUGGGAUGCAAAACUUUAUAAAGGAGCAAGAAAGAUCUUACAUGAACUAAUCUUCAGCAGUUUUUUCAUGGAAAUGGAUUACAAAAAAUGUUUUGCCAUGGAAUUUGUUAAGCAUUACAAAAUGCUACAAAAAGAAUACAUCAGUGAUGAUCAUGAAAGGCAGAUUUCUGUGACAGCGCUUUCCGUUCAGAUGUUCACUGUCCCUACAUUGGCCCGUCAUCUCAUUGAAGAGCAAAAUGUAAUAACUAUCAUAAUAGAGACGCUACUUGAAGAACUACCAAAAUAUUUGGAUAAAAAUGGCAAGUUCAAUUUCCAAGGUUACAACCAAGAGAAAAUAAGCAGAGUGUAUGCAGUCAUAUGUGAUCUCAAAUACAUUUUAAUCAGCAAGCCUACUGUAUGGACCGACAAAUUGAGAGAACAGUUUUUGGAGGGAUUCCGGUCUUUCUUGAAGAUUCUGACUUGCAUGCAGGGAAUGGAGGAAAUAAGGAGGCAAAUUGGCCAGCACAUAGAAGUUGAUCCUGACUGGGAAGCAGCCAUUGCUAUCCAGAUGCAACUGAAGAAUAUUCUCUUGAUGUUUCAGGAAUGGUGUGCCUGUGAUGAAGAGCUAUUGUUGACAGCUUACAAGGAGUGCCAUGCAGCAGUAAUGAGAUGUAGUGCAAGUAACUGUUCAUGGGACAAGAUAGUGAUCCAUUUAUGUGGCCAUACUUUGGAAAGUAAGCGCUUCAAGGUGUCUGCAGAUCCAGUCAGCAUACAUCUACCGUUGUCCAGGAUGCUUGCUGGUCUGCACAUACAGUUGAGCAAAACCGGAGUUAUUUCUGAAUUGCAGGAAUUUGUUUCUUCUGAAGAAUUUCAAGUGCAGUUGCUGGUAGAAUACCCUUUGCGUUGUUUAGCAUUGGUUGCUCAGGUUGCUGCAGAAAUGUGGAGGCGGAAUGGACUAUCUCUGAUCAGUCAGAUGUUUUAUUAUCAGGAUGUUAAAUGUAGAGAAGAAAUGUAUGAUAAAGAUAUAAUCCUGCUUCAGAUUGGGGCAGCAUAUAUGGAUCCAAACAGUUUCCUCUUGCUGCUACUCCAACGAUAUGAACUGCUUGAUGCCUUUAAGAAGAUUAUGCCUGCCAAAGACCAGGAUUUGAACAAGCAAUGUAACACAUUGAUAGAAGAGAUGCUUCAAGUUCUUAUUUACAUUGUGGGAGAAAGAUAUGUACCAGGAGUCAGCCAUGUGACAAAAGAUGAUGUUACUAUAAGAGAAAUUAUCCAUCUACUCUGCAUUGAACCAAUGGCUCACAGUGCUAUUGCAACAUCUUUACCUAAGGAUGAAAACAAUGAGACUGGUUUGGAGAGAGUCAUCCACAAAGUGGCCAUUUUCAAGAAACCAGGUGUAUCCGGUCAUGGAGUUUAUGAGCUGAAAGAUGAGUGCCUCAAGGAAUUUAAUAUGUUCUUUUACCAUUAUACAAAGACUCAGCACAGCAAGGCAGAACACAUGCAAAAGAAAAGAAGAGUGCAGGAAAACAGAGAUGAAGCACUGCCACCGCCACCCCCUCCUGAAUUCAGUGCUGCUUUCAGAAAUGUGGUGAAAAUUCUGAACUGUGAUAUCAUGAUGCAUAUCCUUAGAACUGUCUUGCAAAGAGCACUAGAGCUGGAAAGCCAUUUGUGGACUGAAGCGAUGGUCCAGAUGGUGCUUCACCUCCUUGCUUUGGGUUUAUUGGAAGAGAAGCAGCAGUUAGAGAAGAUUCCAGAGGAAGAAGUGACCUUUGAUUUCUAUCACAAAGCAUCAAGAAUGGGAAGCUCUGCUUUGAAUGCAAUGAACAUAGUAAUGAUUUUGGAAAAACUAAAAGGAAUUCAACAGCUGGAAUCACAGAAAGACAUGAUCAACUGGGUACUACAGAUGUUUGAAAGAAUAAAACGUCUGAGAGAGAAGUCUUAUUUGCCAACAGUAGCCACUGCAUCUGGGUCAGAAUCUACAAAAGCCAAUGAGAUGCAAAAACAUCAGGACAAAGAGAAGGCUGAGAGGAAGAGGAAGGCAGAAGCCGCCAGAUUACAUCGCCAGAAGAUCAUGGCCCAGAUGUCUGCUUUGCAAAAGAACUUCAUUGAAAGUCAUAAGCUGCUAUAUGAAAAUACACAAGAAGCACCGGGAAGAGAUCUUAUGGAAGAAGAGAGCACUCCACCAAUUAUAGACUACUCCAGAAUUGCCUUGGGACCCAAACGAGGUCCGUGUGUUACAGAAAAAGAAGUGUUGACGUGUAUCCUGUGUCAGGAAGAGCAGGAAGUGAAGCUAGAGUGUGCUGCCAUGGUUUUAUCUGCCUGUGUCCAGAGAUCUACUGCCUUAACCCAGUGUAGGGGGGAAAUGCCUAAAACUUCAGGGGAUAAAUCAGACCCACUCUUUAUGAAUCCUGACUUGUCUUGUGGAACUCAUACAGGAAGUUGUGGUCAUGUGAUGCAUGCCGCUUGCUGGCAGAAAUACUUUGAAGCCAUUCAACUAAAUUCUCGGCAGCGUCUUCAUGUUGAACAGGUGUUUGACUUAGGAAAUGGGGAGUACCUCUGCCCACUUUGCAAAUCUCUGUGCAAUACUGUGAUACCCAUGAUUCCUUUGCAAACACAGAAGAUAAACAGUGAGGAUGCAGAUGUGGUAGCUCAGCUUUUCUCUUUGUCAAAGUGGAUAGAAAUCAUUAUGGCCCGGAUAUCUGGUUACAACAAGAAAAAUAUUAAAGAAGAAAAACAAAUUGCUCCAUCUUUACAUGAUAAAGAAAUGGAAGAUUCCUCAUCAGAAUUCCACUCCAUUCUUAGCUUUGGAGUUCAGCCUUUAGUCAAAUAUUCUAAUAGUAUCAAGGAAAUGAUAGUUCUGUUUGCUACUACAGUUUACAGAAUUGGAUUAAAAGUUGCUCCUGAUGAAACUGAUCCACGUGUUCCCAUGAUGACUUGGAGCACAUGUGCUUUUACUAUCCAAUGUUUAGAAAAUCUUCUAGAAGAUGAAGGCAAGCCUUUAUUUGGAUCUCUGCAAAACAGACAGCACAGUGGUCUUAAAGCACUGGUGCAGUUUGCAGCUGCUCAGAGGACUACAUCACCACAAAGCCUGAUUCAAGGACACCUUGUACGUCUCCUAGGAGUUCUUCUGCCCAGUUUAAAAGUAGAAGAUACACCAUCCCUUCUAGAUGUAGAUCUGUUCCAUGUUUUGGUCGGUGCUGUGUUAUCAUUUCCAUCUUUGUACUGGGAAGAUUCUGUAGACUUGCAGCCUUCAUCUAUUAGCUCUGCCUGUAAUCAUCUCUACCUCUUUCGUUUGGUCACGAUGGCACACAUAACACAAAUUGUUCUCUCCAUGACAGAAUGUCCAGCUUCUGCACAGGUCCAGGAUGAUAGUGAGGAAGCACAUGCUGCUAAUGCUUUCUGUGAAGAAGUUUAUAGAUACACCAGUGGUUGCUAUAGCCAAAGAGUUCCAGGCUGGUAUUUGUGGGAGUGUAUUAAGAAGGGCAUCACAUCCUACCUUCGUUGUGCUGCUUUGUUUUUCCAUUAUUUGCUGGGAGUGCCUCCACCUGAGGAACUUUUAUUGGCUGCUGAGGAAGGUCAGUUCAAAGCACUUUGUAGCUACUUGUCUCUACCUACCAAUCUGUGUUUGCUAUUCCAAGAGCAUUGGGAUACUGUGGAACCCUUGCUGCAGAGGUGGUGUGCAGAUCCUGCUGUGCUGAAUGUUCUGAAGUGGAAAAGUGUUACAGUAAGGUAUCCAAGGAAAAGAAAUAAGUUGAUAGAGCUUCCAGAAGACUACAGCUGCCUCUUGAAUCAAGGCUCUCAAUUUAGGUGCCCUCGAUCCUCUGAUGAUGAGCCCAAGUACCCAAUGUUGUGUUUGUUCUGUGGAAUGAUGUUAUGUUCUCAAAACACCUGCUGUCAGAACUUGAUAAAUGGAGAGGAGCUGGGAGCCUGCAAUUCACAUGCUGUUCAUUGUGGUGCUGGCGUGUGCAUUUUUCUAAAAAUCAGGGACUGCAAAAUUGUCCUGAUAGGAGGUAAAACCAGGGGCUGUUUCUAUCCUGCACCAUACCUAGAUGAAUAUGGAGAAACUGAUCCAAAUCUGUCAAGAGGCAACCCUCUGCAUUUAUGUCACGGGCGGUACCGGAAACUUCACUUGCUAUGGCAGCAGCACUGCAUCAUGGAGGAGAUUGCUCGGAACCAGGAAACAACUCCGAUCUUCCUUGGAUUCAACUGGAACCUGCUUUGAGUUCCAGCUUCUUCUAGAUUGGAUUGCCAUGAUUGAGGCUCCUGAGAAGUCAUAAAAUGAGAAAUAAGCUGCUUGCUUCUGAUGAGAAAUGCCUAGCCCAACAUCGUAUAUUAAAGCUAAACAGUCCUUGUCAGUUCAGAUUUCCUUAGAGAUGUGCAUAGUCUCCUAAAUGUGAUUGCAGAACAAGCAGAAUGACAAGUGUGGUGGUCGGUGGAUGUUUUGGUGUGGUUAUUUUUCCACCCGAAUCAGCUCUUUGUGUAAGUAAAGCAGAUGCUCCAACUGCCUUGUGUCAUCCUUACAUGCUAUAAAAGAAACGGCAUAUGUAAUGCAAAUAAAAGGAGCAAGUAACACUUCUCAUCAUGUGUAUAUGAGUUGACAUGACCACUUCACUUCAGUUAUUUCAGUGCAUUUGGAUAUGAAAGUAGUGUAUUUUGAUUUAUGUAAUCCCUCUUUAUUCACGUCUCUGUCUGUCUUUCAGUAUAGCAGCUCUCAAAAGUAGCCAUGGUCUCUGACUUACUCUUAGGGAGAGCACUGUUACCAGGCAUCAGUAAUCCAUAGCACACUCAGAGAGUGAAGCAGGAUAAAUGAGAAGUGCACUGUGCAGAAUAAACCCUAUAGAGGAUCUUGUAAUGUACUGAGGAUUGUUUUGAGAAGGAAAAUAGGAGUCUUAACUCCUUUAACCAACAGAAAAGCCUUCAGAUGGCUUUGACGGAUCAGAAUUCCAAUGCUUUGCUUUUGGCAUAGCCAGAUCAUUACUCUGUAUAAUGUGGUUCUUUUCUUCCAUUUCUGUUUUGUAUCUUCAUUUGAAGUCCAGGUAUUUGUCUAUCCAUUGCCAUCAUCUGGCAAUGACAGCCAAAUUUUAGCUACACCAAUGAUACCUUGUUUACCAAGUGAACCUGCACAGGCUGCAGUAAAACAGUCUGUUUAAAUAUUCCUCUGCUUUCCAGUAGUUAAUAGCACCUGGAGGCAACUUAAGAUGAAAGCUAGUUUAGUAUAUAUACAAAGGGCUUUUCUUUUAGUCAUAUGUUUUGGUUCCUUGGAGACUUCAGUAAACUUCAUGUUGUCUGAUCACAUGGGGUAGAUUGUUUGCAAUAUCUAAUGACCUAUAAGAACUGACACUGAAAUGUUUCAGAAGCUUUCUUCCUUACAUGUUGAUUGUAGCCAUAAUCAUGUUAGAGGGAGAAUGUGAUAAGAGGAUAGUUUUUUUAAAAAAAAUAAAAAAUUAAAUAUGCCUUUUUGUUUUACCUUCUGGGAAAUUACCUUGUUUCCCCUCCCUUAAAGGUUAAACUAUCCAGAUGAUUUUUUCAGUGUGUUCUGGCUUUUCUAUUUCCUUUCUGGAAUAAUUUGUGUAUGUUUAUAAGAGAAGAUAAGAAAUGUGUGGGUUUGUAUGUGUGCAAGUGCUUUUUUUUAAUUAAAAAAAACCAUUUCCCAAUUAGCAAAAACAAUAUAAGUAGUAAAAUCAGAAGACAUAAUUUCACACUUAAUAUCCUCCUUCACACCAAUGCAUUGAGGAGGAGUUAUCAGAAUGGUUCAAUUAGAAUGUUAAUUAUGUUUCAAUAUUCAAAUAAUUCCUACAGAACCUUUGCUUAUUUUUCCGUUUGUUUCCCUGUGCAGUGCAAACAGGCUUCAGUGACUCUGCUCAGAAUAUUGCCAUGAAGAUCUCACUAUAUGCCUGAACUUUUUUCUGUUUUGGUUCUGUUUUUUAAUGGCAAAUUUCCAUGCAUACAAACAUUUGGCAAUACAUAGAUAAGCUGGCUGUAAAACAGACAAACAAAACCCACAAUUGCUCUGGAGAUGUAUGUGCUGUGCUUAGAAUGAAGGUGUUCCAGUAACCUUGCAUGUUAAUCAGAGACUAGACAAAGUUCAUCCUUCAGGGUAGGUGGGUGUUAACCAUAUUUACCUACUGUGCCACCUUUUGAUUAGCCAUACAUUUGUUAACACUUUCAUACUUUUGGAUUUAACAUGGGAACCACACAUGGACUUGUGCUGUUGCAAUAGUUUUGGCAUAUUCUAGUAGCUCAGUCUUGUUGUGGGAAGAUUUCCAAUUCCUUUGAGGCAGCCUGCACUGUCUUUCUGGCGUGGAUGGUUCCAAUCUGCAUGGAAAUUGUUCUCCUACAUGGAAAUAUUGGUCUAUCAAAUACCUAGCACAACAUUUUUGUAAUAGCUGGAGAAAGAGAGACUGGGAAACAAGAUGCCCAGUGCAGAGGAGGAUGAGUGCUACUUGCACAGUGUAGCCUCAAGCAGGUCGUGAAUUGGAUUUUGAAAGUGAUGGGCAUAAUUCAACCAGCACUUGAGUCCCUAAUUCCAAUCAGAGUUAAGCACAUUCUUUGCUCUUACUCUAGAAUAAUUCAGAAUUUAAAAUACUUAACUUUGUCUUGAUUGAACCCAAUAAGAUCACUUCAGCUGCAUAUGAAUGUUACCAUUUGCUGAAGCAAUUCAAUAGUAUGAGAGUGCAGCAGGUGGGUGUGAGCAUAUGUAGCCAUUUAAGGGAAAAUAAAAAGAUACUGGUCAGCUGACUAAAGGAAAGGGAAAACUUGGGAAGCCUAAAUGAGUCCCCUCCCUUCCCCAAAUAGUUGACUGGUAGGAUUCCAGUUGCUUUUUAAGGGCUAUAUGCUUGCAGGGUUGGACUGGAAAAUUAUGUGCACAGCAGCUGUUCACACAGUUUCUUUUCAUUUAAAGAUAGACAGACAUCUGGAAGUCUAGCCUAGAGUCAAAUAAUAAAACUUAGAGCAAAUGUCAGUUUCUUGCUCACAUCCUAAUUUGAGGAAAAGUUGAAGGGAAAUAAUCAAACUGGCUUCUGUUGUAUGUUUGGACUUUUUUUAAGCAAAAGCUUAUGUACAGAUGAGAAUGAGUUGGUCACUUUUCAUUUCAUGAAUUGCUAUGCAGUUUGGUUAUCUGUGAAUAUAAUCUGUAUUUAGUGAACACACAGUACAAAUGCCACUGAUCUGAAUUAUAAAGAGUAGAAUUUUAUUUACAUACAUGCAUAUAUUGGUAUCCUUUAAUUUCAAAAAUGUAAAUUUGAGCCUUGUAUAAUGUUCUCAUCCUUUUAAAAUACCUUGUAUAUGAAUAUUUAAAAAGGAAAUAAAGUAACUUCUCAUA